GCACUUACAGCGGGAGCGCAAUCCAUCAAAUUAAUAUUUGGUCUUCAUUCAUUUCCUCUAACAGAGCAAAGUAACGCCUACCUGUGUGCAGUGCCUAUAAUUUCUUGGUAUGUUAAUAUCUUCCGGUGAAAAAAUAUCUGCCAUCCGCGUUAAGUAGUUCAAAUAUGUGCCCGCUUUCGUUCGCUAUGCUAUCUUUACAUCAACGUUAGACCAUAUCAAUAAUGAAGGAAGGUUGCGUGAAUGUGAAGUAUCGUCUGUUUUGCUACUACAGUCUCUUCUACAUCACACUUCUAUUUGUCUGUUUUACUCGCGUUCGCCAGGAUGAACUGUUGAAAUCCCUAUACCGCAAUAUGCGGUAUACGCCAGAGCAUAAAGACUUUAUUCCUGCAAUUACGUUACGGAGGUUUCUGCAGCUCACGGAUACUGACAAUGAUCCCUCUUACCGCCGACAGGCCGUGUACAAACUGGACUCUAACACGGACAACUAUGAACAAGUCAAAAUAUUCUACUCAAAACAAGUAAGAGGAGAACAAAGUUUCAACGUGUCCAGAAGAAUUGCCAACAUCUCUAAAAUCCAGCGAGCUGACAUUGUUAUAAAGGAUUAUGAUCACAGUUUAAAACGAGUAAGGGUGUCGUUUCAGACAGGACCUCAUACUCGUCGAUACCACCAUUGGAAAAUUGCAAAGUGGAGUGUCGAAGGCCACGCAUUAAAUGUGACACGCCACUUACGACAUCAUCUUCGGAAAGGUCAGAGCACAAUAAAAAUUCAGGUCUGUGUGAAAAACAGAGAAAACUUUUUACAGUGCACAGGCUUUGGAAAAUUCUCGAUUGCCCUCGUCAUUCAAUUGAAUGUGAAUUUGAAUGUUUGGCACGAGUUUUCUACUCCGUAUAUGGAUGUUCUUGAUAAGCUCAGUGAAAGAGAAAAAUAUCAAACCAGGAUAAAAAGAUCCGGAAAUGACGAGAUAACAGAAACGCCCAUUCAAGACACACAAGUUCCGGGUGAAUCGACAGUUGAAAUUGUCGAGUCAAACAUAUGUCAUGUACACCCAUGGUCAGUAGCGUUCGCGGAUAUUGGCUGGUACCACGUGCUGGCUCCUUUAACGGUCCAGGCAAACUUUUGUUCUGGUGGGUGUCCAUCGCCAUUAUCCAGCCAUCCGAGCUUACAUUUCACAUUUCAAUCGGUCAUCGUAGAUUUGUAUCGUACUUACUAUGGCCACUCCUCAGCAACCGGCAUGCCACCAGAGCCGUGCUGCACACCCACGGCAAUGGCUCCGCUCUCCGUAUAUAAUACCGAAGAUGAUGGAAGUCACACGCUCAUGCGACUAGAGGCCGUAAGGGUUACAUCAUGUGGUUGUCGAUAAAAAUCAAAGGGUUACAGCAUGUGGUUGUCGAUAAAAAUCAAACGGGUUACAGCAUGUGGUUGUCGAUAAAAACCAAAUGGCUUUAAUCAUGUUUAAUAUAUCGGUCGAGAGACGCAACGACUUCACUAAAGACAUCAUCAGAGACUUUUGCGUUGUUGAAUGCCGUUCAAAUAAAAUUAAGACU